AUGGCACGUGACCCGAUCUACAUCAGCGGGCCUUGGCAAAUCACCGAGAUUGGCGACAAAAAGUUCCGUGAUGACACAAACGUCAUCUUGAAGACUCGGAAAAACCCAUCGCAACAACCAGUGGCACCACCAGAACCGUCGAAGAGGGAGCUUGAGCUGGCUGAGGCGCAGACGCUGGCGGAUAUCAAGUGGACGGCCGCGUCAGCUAUUGUACUUUACUUUUCACCUCAUCUCGUCGAAUACGUCUCGAAGCUGUUCUAG